GGAGGAAGGCAGGAAGGGGCCGGGCCUUUGGCGACGGAGCAGCCGCCCUCCUGCUCCUCCUGGCGGAUCCGGGCCAGAGGCCUCGUCGGGCGAUGCUCGGGGGCCCGGCGGCGGAGGGCCAUGUCUUCUUCCUCGCCGCCGCCGUCCUCUUCUUCUUCUUCGGUGCGAGGCCUGAAGGCGGAGCUGAAGCUGCUGGAGUCCAUCUUCGGUCAGGACCACGAGCGCUUCCGCAUCGUCUCCUGGAAGCUGGACGAGCUCCACUGCCAGUUCCUCCUGAUGCCGGGCCCCGCCGCCGCCACCCCCAGGCCUCCUCCCUCGGCCGCCAAGGGCCCCGCCGCCAGGACCAGGACCAGGCCCAGCGCCACCCCGACGCCCCCGACGCCGCCGCCUCCUCUGCCUCCUCCGCGGCUGCCCCUGGGAGGCCCCCCGACGCCUUCCCCUCCGCCGCCUCCGCCGCUCAGCAUCCACUGCAACAUCACGGAAUCUUACCCUUCUUCAUCGCCAAUAUGGUUCGUGGAGUCAGAUGACCCCAACUUGACUUCAGUAUUGGAGCGCUUAGAGGAUAUUAAAAAGAGCAAUACUCUGCUUCUCCAACAGCUGAAACGGUUGAUAUGUGACCUCUGCAGAUUAUACAAUCUUCCUCAGCAUCCUGAUGUUGAAAUGCUAGAUCAGCCGUUGCCUACUGUCCAGAAUGGAACGACUGAAGAGGUUACAUCGGAAGAGGAGGAGGAAGAAGACAUGGGUGAAGACAUUGACCUGGAUCAUUAUGAUAUGAAGGAGGAAGAACCAGUUGAUGGAAAGAAGUCUGAGGAUGAUGGCAUUGAAAAAGAGAACCUGGCCAUUCUGGAAAAAAUCCGGAAAAAUCAAAGGCAAGACCACCUAAAUGGCGCAGUUUCUGGGUCUGUCCAGGCUUCAGAUCGACUUAUGAAAGAACUCAGGGAUAUAUAUAGGUCACAGAGUUACAAAACAGGGAUUUACUCAGUGGAACUCGUAAAUGAUAGCCUGUAUGAAUGGCAUGUAAAACUUCUAAAGGUUGAUCCUGACAGUCCGUUGCACAGUGAUCUUCAAGUCUUAAAAGAAAAAGAAGGUGUAGAAUAUAUUUUGCUCAAUUUCUCUUUUAAGGAUAAUUUCCCCUUUGACCCUCCAUUUGUGAGAGUGGUGGCUCCUGUCCUCACUGGAGGGUAUGUUCUUGGUGGAGGUGCAUUAUGCAUGGAACUUCUUACUAAACAGGGUUGGAGCAGUGCCUACUCCACAGAAUCAGUCAUCAUGCAGAUCAAUGCCACACUAGUCAAAGGAAAAGCCAGAAUACAGUUUGGAGCAAAUAAGAACCAAUAUAACCUAGCAAGAGCACAGCAGUCCUAUAAAUCUCUAGUACAGUUACAUGAGAAAAAUGGCUGGUUCACACCUCCAAAAGAAGAUGGUUAACACUGUGGACUUCUCAUAUACAUGGACCAAUGUCAACUUUAAAAAUUCCUUCCAACACAGAUUCAAGCUACGAAUGCCCCUGUAAUAGCCAUAAUGAAGAUUCUGUCUAAUAGACAAUUAGUGGAUAAUCUGAAGACUGACACAUCCAGGAUAAGUUACAGCCAUACAGUUCUGCUCCUCUGUCAGAUACCUUGGACUGGACAGUUUAAGAAGACUUUCCUGUAUUGUCCUUUUGGAUUAAGCAUACCAGUCCUCCCUAAUUUGACAGUAACUCCUUGAAAACCAGACUCUCGGUUUAUUAAAGUACCAGUGAAUAGGAGCUUUCCUCAGCCAAUUUUUGUAUGCACUUAACUUUUUUUUCCCCCACUCUGCGGACUGCAGAGAACAGCAAUAUAUUUUAUUUAAAGCCAACCGAGUUAAAAUAAAGCUAGAUUGAUAAUACAUUGCAAAGUUUUUCAGGUCUUGUUCAAUUGGGAUGUUUGGGUUUGUUUGGGUUUUUUUCCUGGCUGAAAGUUGAAAGCAUUUGUAACGUUGCCAAAUGUAAUGACAAUAUAUAGGAGAACUGUAAUGUUAAACCAUUAAAACCUUUUCCCCCCCAUGGCUGUGUUAAGGAUAUGAACUGUUUCUGGACAGAAAUCCUCUCCAGCUGUCUUGCUGCUUGAGCAGAACCAGGCUGUGCCAAUAGAGUUUUGUGACUAGUCAUAUCCACUGGGACAUCGACUUUUGCUGGGCUGUGUCUGCUAGCUGUUGGCUCUUGUAUCUCCUUUUGCAAGAAGGAGCCAUAGGUAUAAAAAAGCUUGAAGAUAUUUAAAAUACUAGAAACCUUCUUUAGGCAUUUGAUUCUAUUAACGGGUUGUUGCAAUCGUUUGUAGACUAAUGAACUUCAAGAGCAAUUGGCAGAAGUCACAGAGACACUCCUUUGUUAAGGGGUCGGCGGGGAAAGGUUUUUAAAGGAGCGCAACCCUAGGAAGUCCCAGGUAUCUCUUUUUUGAAAUGUCGCCAUAGUCGUGACCAUGGUUUUGUUGAAAAACUAAUGGGGAAUUGCUCUUCCUUUUUUUAGGAAUCUGGAUCUGUAACUACUGUGGGUCGGUAACUGCUCUAUCAUUGCCUUACCUUUGAAACAAAAUCAGGUGUGGUUAUUUUUAUUUUUGGCGGAUGAAUUUGUGUAGGGCUUUGCGUUCACAGGGAUCAAAACAAGGGUGUAUGCACUUUUUGUUGUUGUUUAGACGUCCAGAGAUGUCUUGGCUCACCCUGCCCCUUUAAAUAAGUAAAUUUUGUAUUUUCUUUUUAACUUUGAAGCACUUGGCUUCAGGCUAUUUGGUCUCAUAGGCUGUUUUGUUUAAAAAAAAGUAUUGUUAUUAUUAUUUCAGAAAAUGAGAAUAGAAAUAUUUGGCCUAAUGGAAGACAGUUUUGUGCAGCCUUUUAGGGUGUACUGUGGAUGGCGUCCACCUUCUUUCCUUAUUCAUUUGGACGUACUAUUCCUUCUUGUCAAAUCCUGCUAGCAGCCUUAAAAGCAGAAGCCAAAUUCUGCCAGUGUUUCUACAGCUCAUUUAAAACCUGAGGCUAAAACUCUGAAUACGUUAUUGGAUUCUUUAAUAUCCUAAUGGACUAGCAGAGUGGCAGGUGCACACUUGGCUUGCUUUUUGUUUUAUUUUUUAUUGAGUUUCAUUUUCAUUGCAGAAUUAUUUAGCAGUGUAUGGUAAAUCUGUUAACUUGCAUCAAGUUUAUGAAUAAAGAACCAUUUUAAGAA